GUGACGUCAGCAUCUCUCAGCUUUUUCUUUCCUCCAUGGUCAGAGCACCCGCAGAUAUAAAAGGCCCGCUUGCACGCACUGAGCAUAGUUACGUAAUCGGUUUUUAGGAAACCCCAUGCUUCUCUUCGCGGUCUCGCAAUGGCGAAAGUUGCUUCCUUUCAAUGUCAGUACUGCGACCGGCGGUUAGCGAACAAUCGCAGUCUGCAGAGGCACAUAAAACUUGUGCACAAAAUCACUCACCCGAAGUACAACUGCGACGAGUGUGAAGUAGCCCUGACUUUGAAAGAACUGGAGUACCGCCAUAUCAGCGUGCAUUUCUUCGAGCCGGAAUAUGAGAGGUAUCACUUUCUGACAAUGCCAGCUUUCAAGUCAUUGAAGGAAAGGGUGGAGAAAGACACACGCAGUCACUUCAUUGCAAGGACAGGUACAGAGACUUGUGGCCACCUGAAAAAGAAGCAUUUCUACUUCGUCUGUCACCAGUCUGGAAGUUAUGCUUCACAAGCUACAAGUAAACAAAAGCUGAAGCGGCCUUCAAGUGUCAAGUGUGGAAAAAGAUGUUUUGCGGCAAUGGCUGUGACUGAAGACAACACAGACAAGCUGCGAGAAGGCGUGUCCAUGGAUGCAGUACUGGAUAAUGUGCGGUCCAACGUGGAUGAGACAUUCCACCGCAUUAACCUGUUAAGCAAGCAGGAUCUCCGCAAAAUAAUGAGGGAUGCCAGAGUCUCGAAGACCGAGCGGCUGCACGAUAAUGACUAUGCGAGACUAUGCGAGCGUGCAACUCUGGGUUGAGAGGAUGCAUAGUGA